AUGGAAGACCCUGAUGGAACAUUAGCAAGUGUUGCAAAAUGCAUCGAGCAAUUACUACAGAGUUCUUCAUCAUCACAAGACAAGGAGAUUUCCUUGAGGCAAUUACUCGAUCUAAUCGACACGCGCAAAAAUGCUUUCGAGAACGAAUUGCGGGUCAAAGUUUUACUCGGAGGUUGCAUUCUCCCAUUGCUCAGCCUCCUCAAGUCGAGCUCUGCAGAUGGUCAAAUUGCAGCAGCAAAGACUAUAUAUGCUGUCUCUCAAGUUGGAUCAAAAAUCUUUUCGACUGAAGGAGUUGUCUCUACACUUUGGGAACAAUUAAAGAAAGGACGAAAAGCUGGAAGCACGGUGGACGAUUUACUCACAGAAGCUUUACGGAAUCUUUCUAGAAGCACCGAAGGAUUCUGGCCUGCUACGAUUCGAGCUGGAGGAGUUAAAGAUAAUCACGAUAUAGCUUCCGUUGCUCGAGAUUCGCUCCCUUUGCUUGUGGCGCUUGCAAACUCCUCUGUCUUACAGGUUGCAGAGCAAGCUGUUUGUGCUCUGGCAAAUCUCCUUUUAGACAGUGAAAUUUCGGAAAAUGCCAUCCCAGAAGACAUUGUUUUGCCCGCCACACGAGUUUUGCAUGAGGGGUCACAUGUUGGAACGACGCAUGGAGCAGCAGCAAUUGCUCGGCUUCUCCAUUAUCUUGAGAUUGAUUCGGCUUUAAUCGAAUAUGCACUUGCUUCUCUCGCAAAAUUUGUAGGAGAUAUCGAGCAGAUAAAACCUGCUUGGAGUGCUCUUGCCGACAGCCCAGAUAGCAUUAUUCCUAUAGUUUCAUCUAUUGCUGAUGCCACCCCAUCAUUGCAGGAUGUCGUAAGCAUUUCCAGAGUAUUUGAUGAGGACGAUAGCAAAUAUGAUUUGGGGCGAAGCACAACAGUCAUUAGUGGUGCCAAUAUAGCUAUCUGGCUUCUUUCUGCCCUUUCUAGUCGUGAUGACAGAUAUAAACAUGAAAUCAUGGAGGCUGGUGCAAUUGAAGUUCUUACUAACAAAAUUUCUGAAUCCUUUUCACAAUACACUCAGGUAUUUGGUUUUAUUNAUAUGGAUGAGUGGCUUGUUAUUAGCAAUUUUAUUUCAAGACAGAGACAUCCAUCAUACGCUCUAACGAAACUACGAAAGCAAUUCCUUUGCUCGCCAGUUUGUUGCGGUCUGAGGAAGGAGACAAACAGAUAUUUUGCAGCCCAGGCUAUAUCCGGUCUUGUCUGUAAUGGCAGCAGGGGCACACUCCUCUCUGUUGCGAAUUCCGGUGUAGCAACAGGACUCAUUUCCAUGCUCGGCUGUGGUGAUAACGACAUGAUUGACCUUCUCGAACUGUCUUAUGAGUUUUCAUUGGUCGUUACCCUGACCAAAUCGCCCUCGAGAGACUCUUCAGUGUGGAUGACAUCAGGCUCAGCUCGACUUCUAGAAAAGCCAUACAAGCUCUCGAGAGAUUCUCGUGGAUGA